AUGAAUGGCAGCGAGCCGGAACCCUAUAACUACUAUGACUACUCGGACUGGUACUCGGACAAUUUAGAACCCACCAAGACACCUGUGGAAGUGGUUCCACCAUGUGACCCAACAGCCGAUGAUCAGCUUUUCCACAUAUCUAUCGCAGCCAUAUCACUGGUUGUGAUGCUGGUCUUAGCUGUGGCCACCCGCAGCAAGAGAAUGUGCCAGAGCUUCCAGAGGGGAUCUCCCAGCAUCUUCAAUCCAGUAAACUUCCUGGACCACACGCAAAACAGGGGCCUGGCCAUUGCAGUCUUCACGCUUCUCUUCUGCAAGCUGUGUGUGUUGGUCAUUCAUCCGGUCCCUCUGCCGCUGACCAAAGAUGAAACACCUGCCCUCAAAGAAUUGUGGAAGAUUCUGUCGAUUUUCUACUUUCCGCUUCUCUACUACCCACUGCUGGUGUGUGGGACCCUGCGCAGUAAGUUGGGCUAUGUGCUGGGCAGCGUGCUCUCCUGGACACACUUGGCCAUUCUCUGCUGGCAGAAGUCUGACUGCCCCAAGACCCCAGAGAUGUAUAAGUACUAUGCACUGCUGAACAGCCUUCCUCAGAUGGUCUGUUUUGCCUUCCUUGGUCUCCAGUAUCCUCUGCUUCUUCUAAAGGGAUCAAAGAGUGACCCCAAAUCCAGCGAGGAUUUAAACCAUGACUAUUACAAAGAAUAUGUGAAGUCCCUCCUUAAGAAACGUCCUGCCAAAACCAGCCCUGCAGGCAAAGACAAAGCCCCUCUGGCAGACAGGAUCUCUGAUACAAUUAAGUCAUACAUAUACACACCUGAGAAAGCUUUCCGGUUACCACUGAAACUGGCUGUCUCUGGAGCAGUGUCCUUCAUGGCAGUGUACCAGGUGAUGCUGCUGCUCAUUUGCUCUGUGAUUCCAAUCCUACAUAUUGUGCGAGCAGGCAUUAAUGAGGACAUUGCUUUCCUCCUGCUGGGAUUCAACAUCAUUCUGCAUGAGGACCGCAUGGAAGUGGUCAAAAUAGUCAUCCACUACACCUGGUGUCUAGAAAUUUGCUACAUCUGUGCAGCAACGCUAUCUGGUCUGGUGUCUCUUCUGAUGCUUAUGCGGUCCAUGGUCUUACAUAGGGCCAACCUGAAAGAGCUGUACAAGGGGCACAUCUACAAUGAAUAUAACCUCAGGAGAAAGAGCCGCGUUUCUCACUUUGGCAUUAUCAACUGGAUGGGCUUCACCGGCACUCAAGCUGCGGUCAUGUGUCUUGCCAUGGCCAUCCAGACGCUAGUGUUCUUCCUUGGGUUCCUGGUUUUGGUCUUCCUGGUCAUUAUCCCCAUCUUGUAUGGGCAGAAUCUCAUGUUUUUCCAGAUUCUUGGUAUGCUUUGGCCACUGUGGUUGAUGCUGUUCCUAAUUGUGGCUGUCCAGCAUGUCACUGCCCAGUUUGCCUUUGUCAAAAAGGAUGCAGGAACCAGGAAUCUGGAAAACAGGGCGGGCCUGUUCCUGCUCUCUUAUCUCCUCUUCCUGCUCAACAUCGUGGUGGGAGUGGUGGUUGGCAUACUGAGGAUGGUUGUCACUGCACUGUAUAACAUCAUCCACAUGGGCCGUCUGGACAUUAGUCUACUUAACCGUGGAUCCGAGAGUUUUGAUCCAGGUUACCGGUGUUAUACCCACUACCUGAAGGUGGAGGUGGGCCAGUCCCAUCCAGUGAUGAAAGCCUUCUGUGGGCUGAUGCUGCACUCUACUGGUCAGGAGGGCAGUGCAGGACAAAGGAUCCGAGAUGCAGAAGAAGCGUGCUCCAUGCAGUCGGGCAUCCCCCUGGUACAACAGGAGAAGCGGCUGAGCAAAGCCUCCAGCGCCCGCAGGGCCCGCUACCGCUGGCAGCUGCUGCUCACCCUGGUCAACAACCCCUCCCUUCUGGGCUCCCGCAAACACUUCCAGCUCCAGGCCUCCGACAGCACCAUCAACGGCACCCUCAACCGCAGCUCUAAAGAAGGCAGCAAGAAGGAGACCGACAUGGCUGCAGCCACCGCAACUGCCGACAGCCCAGCGACGAAUUGA